AGUCCAUGAGAGAGGAGGAGCAGGAGGAGCAGUAGAGGAGCGGAAUGGAGGAGGACAAGCAGAACCCGGAGCACCGGAGCAACAAGGUCCCCAGAAGACAAGCAGCAGGCUCGUCCUCUGAUAGCAGCGAUGUUGAGGAACAGAGAGGAAGAGAGGAACUCAUACGUCACCACCAUGACAAAUCCUUCACAACAUCUGGAUCUUUAAAAAUUCAUCAAAGGAUCCAAACUGGAGAGAAACCAUACAGCUGUGACCACUGUGAGAAAACAUUUUUUCGCUGCAGUGCCCUCAAAGCCCAUCAACGCAUUCACAUUGAAGGGGAACUGUCCAGUUUUUUCCGAAGUGGGAAGGAUUUCACAAAGUCAGGGACCUCAAAAAAACAAGACAUUGGCACAGCAGAGAAACCGUUUAACUGCGAUAUAUGUGGCAGAGCUUUCACGCGAUCAAGAUACUUGAAAGCCCAUCAACACAGUCACACAGGAGAGAAAUCGUAUAGCUGUGAUCAAUGUGGCAAAGCUUUCACGCGAUCAAAAUACUUGAAAGCCCAUCAACGCAGUCACACAGGAGAGAAGCCAUACGGGUGCAACCAAUGUGGGAAAAAGUUUUCCCAUAUCAGAACCUUAAUAUCUCAUAAACAUAUUCACACAGGAGAGAAACCGUACAGCUGUGAUCAAUGUGACAAAGCCUUUGCAUGGUCAGGGACCUUAAAAGUCCACCAACGUAUUCAUACAGGAGAGAAACCGUACAGCUGUGAUCAAUGUGGCAAAGCCUUUGCACAGUCAGGGGCCUUAAAAGACCACCAACGUAUUCACACAGGAGAGAAACCGUACUGGUGUGACCAAUGUGGAAAAUUAUUUGCCCGGUGCAGUAAUUUGAGUGCCCAUCAAAGCCGGCAUGCAGGAGAGAACCCGUCCUGAUGUGACCAAUGUUGGUAGUGACAUUAAAGCCCACAAAUGUGUUUACCCUGCAUUGUUUUGGACAUUUUCAGGGCCAGGCAAACAUCUUCCUACUGCUUCCUCCCCAUGCCCUGAUAGCUGUGUUGAUGUCUUACUUUUAUCAUUGAUUAUUUUAUCUGUUUGUUAUUUCAACUGUAACCCUAUGUUGGACCACCAGAUUCCUCCCUGUAGGACUCCCAUGUGUGAGAGCUGACCACAAACUUUUCAAAAUCAAUCAUGCAACUGUCCGGGGCAAUGUUGCAGCUCACAAUGCACCCGACCCUGAAGCGUAUCUCUGCGACUGGUGAGCCCACAGGAUGGUGACUCCAUGUUGAUCUUUGGGACUGUGCCCCACCGAGCCCCAUGAGUCAAGUCCAUGUAGAUAUAUAUAGGCUGAUUGACCAAAUAAGCAUUUGAAAACUGAUAUUGAUGCCUCUUACCAUGGCUGUGAUCAAAGUAUUUGCAUCAGCCUGAGACCUCUAUCACAGACAGGCUCUGCAGUCUCAGACGCUGACUCAACAUGCUGAAUGAAAUGUUUAGUGACUUGACUGAUUUUUGGUCCCGUGUGCAGCUUCCCUCUCUAGCCUGCCUCCAGAAGGGGGCUCUGUUUUUGUUGUCAUGGUGAGGUGCUCCAGGUCUGAUCCAUCAGGGUCUGUUGACUCACUGUUAGUCUGGCCCCUCCCCUUGGACCACUUUGCCUCUCAAGACCCGACCAGGAGCAACAGCUGGGACACCACAGCUCCAUAUCACAGGGCUCAAUCCUUGGUCCCAUUCUUUUUUUCAUUGUAUAUGCUUCCCUUGGGCCAGAUAAUCAGUAGUUUUGGUUGUAUAUCCUAUCAUUGCUAUGCUGAUGACACUCUUUUGACACAUUUUUCAGUAAAGACAGAUGAUCUUAGAAACCUCAACACUCUCCACAACUGUUUAGCUGCGAUAAAGAACUGGAUGUCUGUCAACUUUUAUCAGCUAAAUGAAAAUAGAUAAAUAGAAGCUGUGUCUUCUAUGGUCGUGGGGCCCUCUUUUGUUUGUGUCCCAAUGUCAAUGUAAAGCACUUUGUAACCUGCGUUAAAAAAGGUACUGUAUGAAUUAAGUUUUACUUACUUACUUACUUGCUUACUUGCUUACUUACCACAGCUCCCAGUAUAACAGGGACAUGAAAACCCCUCCACAAUGUUCAGGUUUCCAGCUCAGACUGUUUUCUCCUGUUGAUGACAUCAGGACACCAAAGUCUUCUGAGCUCUGAGCAUCAUCAACAACUUAAAUAGCAGAUUUAUAUGAUGUAUGUUAUCAUGUGUAACAUAUUUGAUGUCUUAUCCAGUGUCUUGCAUGUGUCCUGUGUUUGUCCACAUGUAGAGGAUUGUAAUGUCCAUAUCAUCAGAUGAGUUCAGCCUUUAAUAAAAAUAGUUUGUAUACUCUGCAGUGGGAUUAAAGUUCCUGGUGUUGGUCUUUGCUCCUGUCACAGUCUCACUACUAAAGCUCAGACGCUCCUCAGGAUCAGCUCCACAGCUGUAUAGCGUCUAUCGCGUGUUCAUUCUUUGGUUUCACUGUAACGCCUGUUUACAUCCUGUUAGUGUUUUC